GUUGCCUCGGUGAUAAAAAGCGCAUGCGUAAAGUACUGUCUCAGAGCGCCACGUCCUGUACACCCGGUUCAUCAUGAUGCGUGCUGUUCUUCUUUUCGGCUGUGCUCUUUUGGUCGUUGCCAGGCCUGAUAUUUCCGAGGAGAAGGAUGUGCUGGUGCUGAAGAAAGACAACUUUGAUGAGGCGCUCAAGCAGUAUCCGUAUAUCUUAGUGGAGUUCUAUGCUCCCUGGUGUGGUCACUGCAAGGCACUGGCUCCAGAAUAUGAGAAGGCUGCUGGCAUAUUAAAAAGUGAAGGCUUGCCAAUACGCUUGGGCAAGGUAGAUGCUACAGAAGAGUCUGAUCUGGCACAGGAGUUUGGCGUCCGAGGUUACCCAACAAUCAAGUUCUUCAAAAAUGGAGACAAGUCUUCUCCUAAAGAAUAUUCAGCUGGCAGGGAGGCAGCAGAUUUUGUCAACUGGCUGAAGAAGCGUACUGGUCCGGCUGCCAGUACUUUGAGUGAUGAGGCAGCUGUUGCAGCUUUGGUGGCUUCCAGUGAGGUUGCAGUUAUUGGUUUCUUUAAGGAUCUGGAGUCAGAGUUAGCUAAAGUGUUCCUGCAAGCAGCAGAGGCAGUGGAUGAUGUUCCAUUUGGCAUUACUUCCAGUGAGGCAGCUUUCUCGAAACAUGAACUCGGCAAGGAUGGCAUAGUUCUGUUUAAGAAGUUUGAUGAAGGCCGAAAUGCAUUUGAGGGAGAGAUCACCAAAGAAGAAGUUCUGAGCUUCAUAAAGGCCAAUCGGUUGCCUCUAGUUAUAGAAUUUACUGAGCAGACUGCUCCAAUGAUCUUCGGGGGAGAGAUUAAGACUCAUAUUCUCUUCUUUUUGCCGAAAAGUGCCUCUGAUUACCAAGACAAAUUAGAGAACUUCAAGAAGGCAGCCGCAAGCUUCAAAGGAAAGAUCCUCUUCAUCUUUAUUGAUAGUGAUCACACAGACAACCAACGUAUUCUGGAGUUCUUUGGCUUAAAGAAAGAAGAAUGCCCAGCUGUCCGGCUUAUUACUUUGGAGGAAGAAAUGACAAAAUACAAGCCAGAGAGUUCUGAUCUUUCAGCAGAGGCAAUUAAAGAGUUCUGUGACCGUUUCCUAGAGGGCAAAGUCAAGCCACACUUAAUGAGCCAGGAUGUUCCAGAAGAUUGGGACAAGACCCCUGUGAAAAUCUUGGUUGGGAAGAACUUUGAGGAAGUGGUCUUUGAUGAGGAGAAGAAUGUAUUUGUAGAAUUCUAUGCUCCAUGGUGUGGUCACUGCAAACAACUGGCACCGAUCUGGGACCAGUUGGGGGAGAAGUAUAAGGACCACGAAAGCAUCAUCAUUGCCAAGAUGGAUUCUACAGCCAAUGAGAUAGAAGCUGUUAAGAUUCACAGCUUCCCUACGCUGAAGUUUUUCCCUGCUGGACCAGGAAAGAAGGUGGUUGAUUAUAAUGGUGAAAGGACCCAAGAAGGCUUUUCAAAGUUUUUGGAGAGUGGGGGGCAGGAUGGAGCUGCUGAUGAGUUUUGGUUACAGGAUCUUGAAGAUUUAGAAGAAGCUGAUGAAACUGAUUUGGAGGAGGGAGAUGACAUCCAUACAAAAGAUGAAUUAUAAGAAUAAGACUUAACAUGCAGAAACCAGAAGACACUAAGGGUGGAAGUCUAGAAAUGUGUAACUGUCAGAGCUCUGAAAUUGCAGGGAAUCUCACUUCAUCAAUCUGUUUGUCUGAGAGGGAAAAGGGAACUUUGACCUUGUGUAAAUGGUCUGUUUAUAUAUAUUUUUUUUUUUCACUGAUGCUGUUUUUGUUUAAACCCCUUAUUCCGUCAUUUGAAUAUUCUGAUGUCUAGCACUUGAUGCUUUCUGUAACUUUGUUUUUGACUCUUUUUAUUUUAUUUUUUUUAAUUUGUGAGCUUUAUUGUGGAUGGGAUGGAUUGCAUGGCUGGUGAGGGCUUAACCUCCUAUGCUGCUCUAACGGUUUGCUCCCCUAACUAAGGGCAUGGGUCUUGUUUGUUUCUGUUCUCUUUCCCUUCCUUUUUGUGUGAGACUCCCUCCAGGACAAAUAUGGUCACCCAGGUGUAGUGGUUCAGUAUUUAAACAUUAAGGGACUACUGGUAGCAUCCCCUGUUCCCUUAUCACUACUAACAAUUUAAUUCCAGUGUUCACUGCUCCCGAUCAAGCUCGUGGUGGUACAGCUCUGUAUAAAUGAAACUUCUGUCCUGGCUGGAGCCUGUGACCCAUCCUCCAAAAAUGCAAAUUAACAUUUUCUCUGGACAGGAGGAGGUUUUCAGUAGAAUCUGCUUGAUUUGUGAAGCAUUCCAUCAUAUUUAAGUUGGAACAAAGUGUUGGCCAAAUAAACUUAAUUUUAUUAA